UCCAACCUUCAACCCACGGUUUCAUCUUUCAACCUUCAACGCACGUCUCUCUCUCUCUCUCUCUCUCUCUCUCUCUCAUCCCCAGCUCUCAUCUUUCCGUUUUUUUCAUGGCAAAAGAACCAGAGAUCAUCAGAGACAAGGACCUGAUGAGGUCAUGGUCGAGGACCAAACGAUCCCAGGGCAAAACACUAGCCCUAGUCCCCACCAUGGGCUACCUCCACCAAGGCCAUUUAUCUCUUAUACAAGAGGCCCAAAAUCUGGCCAAUAUCACCGUUGUCUCAAUCUAUGUCAACCCAGGCCAGUUCUCUCCAUCAGAAGAUCUUGCAACCUACCCAUCUGAUUUCCAUGGAGAUAUUCAAAAGCUUAGGGAAGCUGGGGUUGAUGCUGUUUUCCACCCCCAAAACCUAUAUGACUAUGGAUGUGGGGGUCAGACUGCAAGUGGGUCGUUUGGGAAUUCGGGUGUUGUUGAUGGGGAAGAGAGAAAGGUGGGUUCUUUUGAAACAGCUGAGGAAAACCCAAGUGGAUCUUUUGGGAAUUCGGGCUUUGUUGAUGGUGAAGAGAGAAAGGUGGGUUCUUUUGAAACUUCUGAGGAAAACCCAAGUGAGUCUUUUGGAAAUUUGGGUUUUGUUGAUGGAGGUGAGAGGAAGGUAGGCCCUUCUGGAAGAGAUGGGGAAGAUUCAAGUGGGAAUUUUGGGAAUUUGGAUGCUGAUGAUAGGAAAGAUAGGAAGGUGGUGUCUUGUGUGGAGGAGAAAGGAGGUGCGAGAUCGGGGCAUGAGACCUGGAUCAGGGUUGAAAGAUUGGAGAGGGGGUUGUGUGGGAAGAGCAGGCCUGUUUUUUUUAGAGGGGUGGCAACUGUUGUAGCCAAGCUGUUCAAUAUAGUCGAGCCUGAUGUUGCUGUUUUUGGGAAGAAGGAUUAUCAGCAAUGGCGCCUGAUUCGACGGAUGGUCCGUGAUCUUGAUUUUGGCAUAAACGUGAUUGGUUCAGAAAUAGUGCGUGAAACCGAUGGCCUUGCCAUGAGCUCACGCAAUGUACACCUCUUACCUGAAGAGCGGGAAAAGGCGUUAUCCAUCAACAAGUCGCUGUCUAAAGCUAAAUUUGCAGCACAAAAUGGGCAUACUUCUUGCAGGGAAUUGAGAAAUUCGGUCAUCCAAGCAAUAGUUGCAGCUGGCGGUAAAAUUGAUUAUGCUGAGAUCGUGGAUCAGGAAAGCCUGGAAGCAGUGGAAGAGAUAAGAAGCCCAGUCGUGUUUUGUGUAGCCGCUUGUUUUGGAAAGGUUAGGCUGAUUGACAAUAUGGAAAUCUAUAUAUAAAAAAGAGUUCUUACAACACAAGAGCACAAGACAAACAGCAUGAUUUCAUGGGACAAAGCAAUCCGGCCUACUGACUGUUUGAUGGUAGCUUUUGUGGAGAAAGGUGAAUUAUUUAAUUCAUUGUUUUUCCAUAUCGGAUUUUGAAGUACUUUUCUUUUGCCCACUUUUCAAUUAACUACAGCUGGAAAAUCAGCUGAAAAUAUCAAUAAUGUGGAUGUUCUGCUUUAAACCUGUAUUUGAAAUUAACUAAUUAUCAAGAUUAGCAAGAAAUCUCAA